AUGAGAAAUCACAACGAAGCUUUAGAUAACUCUCAAAAGGUACAGUUCCCUUGGAAACUGCAUGCUAUCCUGGAGGAAACUGAAACCUGCGGACAUGACGCAAUCAUCUCAUGGCUGCCGAAUGGACUUGGUUUCAAAGUCCAUGAUAAGGAUGCCUUUGCAGAAGAAGUCAUGCCAAAGUACUUUAGCUCCAACAAGUUCAAGACAUUUCAGCGAAACUUGAAUCUUUGGGGCUUUCAGACACUCACCAGAGACCCUGAUAGAGGUGCCGCCUUCCAUCCUCAUUUCAUUCGAGGAAAGCCAGACGAAUGCAAUCAGAUGGAACGUGUUCGAGUGAAGAAGGAAAUGAAACACAAGAAAGUGAUUCUCAAGCCAACAGGAGAGCUGGAACCACUGUGUUCAUCCCCAUCACAGUCACCUUCGGCUGCCCCUUCUUCACCAAGAUCGCAAUCAUCACAACUCAAAACGAUCAAGGUCAUCAGUCCAACAUCAACUCCUCCACUGGUGCCGGGUACCAUUGUGUCUCCGAAAUGCAUGGCACCUGGUCUCUCACUCCCUCGCAAAGUAUCAGUAGGCUUGCCCCACAGCAACGAAGCGUCCAACAACAACUCGUUCUCGUUGAACCUGCGAAACCAACAAGACUUCUCCGACACCAUUGUGUCUCCGAAGGCCAUGAGACUUGAUCUCUCACUCCAGCCGUGCACAGGAGGCCUGCCCAAUUUCCUUUCGCCAUCCAGCAACUCCUUCUCACAGAGUAGUAACGUGGUACCGAACAGCAAUUGCUUCUCCCUAAACGUGCAAACCUUGCAGAAUUACAUUGCCCUGGAGUGCCUACGGGCAGCCUCGCUGAACCAUGCAGGCAGUGGUUCAUCCAUCAUAUAUUGA